AUGAGCUAUGCAAUCAAUGCCAAAACCCAAACGAAUGAACGACAAUGUCAAUAUGUAGUCUUCUCUGCGAAUGGCCUCUCUUGGAGCGACUUCCCCUUUCGAUAUAUGAAAAACAGGCUCCGUGAUAAUGCAUACUCUUCCUUUGAUCGUAGGCAACAUUCUUCCUCGCACAGUGCUCUCUCGUCCACGCUCGUAAAGAAAAAGAAAAAGGAGAGAAAAUAA